GGAAGUCAGAUGACGUUGCAAUAUGUGAGUGAAAUCUGACCCGGAAAGGAUAUCGAACUACAGUAUCCUGCUAAUCCAGAGAAUAUCUUAGACAUCUGGAAUUGUUUACUGUAUGCAAGACUGCAUAUAACCAGUAAAACGCAAAUUUCGUUAUUUCCUUUCCAGAUUUUUAGCAAAAUGGUGAUCAAAGUGUUUAUUACGAACAUUUCUAGCAGUACUGAUAUCAAGAAAAAGCAGCGUGAAUUACUGGCAACAUUAGAAAGUUUAAAAAUAGAGUUUGAACAAGUAGAUAUCUCGGAUCCUGCGAAUGAAGAGGAAAAGAAGUUCAUGAGGGCCAACAGUAAGCCCAGUCAAGAAGGCAAAACACCUCUCCCUCCUCAAGUUUUCAGCAAUGAGGAUUACUGUGGGGAUUUUGAUGCAUAUUCAGAAGCCAUUGAAGAUAAUACAUUGUACGAAUUUCUUAAACUUGCUCCACCAAAGGAAGUUUCCCAAGCAUCUGUUACAGUGACAGGGGUAGAAGAAGAAAAGAAAGAUGAGGAUGAGAGAGAGAAAGAUUCUGAGGAGAAGGCCAUUUUGAUUGAGGAUGUUGCUGCUGAAGAAGCAAAGAAAACAGAGGAGGAUUCAAAAACAGAGGAAAAAGCAGAUCAGGAGGCAAGUGAAAAAGAGACUGCACCAUCAGAGGAAAAAGUGGAAGUUGAAAAGUCAGAGCUUGAAGCAGGAUCACCAAUAGAGGGUGCUGAAGAGACAGCAUUGGAAGAGGUGAAAGAAGGAAAUGAGGAAACUAGCAAGGAGGAGGAGAAACCAUUGGAUAAAGAGGCAGAGGACCCACAGGAAAAAGAGGCAGAAAAGUCUGAGGCAGAUGAAACGGACCAAUCAGCCAGAGAGGCUCCAUCUGUAAGUUGCAUGGAAGAGAAAUCAGACAUUAAGAUUGAAGAAAACGAACAAGAUACUGAGGCACCUGUUGUCAUGACCACUGAUGACAAUGAAGAGACAGAUAAGGUAGCAGUUGUUUUGGAUGAUGAUGAACCCAAACAGGAGGAAGAAAAACAAACUAUUGAUGAAACAAAGCAAAAAGACAUGGAGUCUGCUGAAGAAAACGAACAAGAUACUGAGGCACUUGUUGUCAUGACCACUGAUGACAAUGAAGAGACAGAUAAGGUAGCAGUUGUUUUGGAUGAUGAUGAACCCAAACAGGAGGAAGAAAAACAAACUAUUGAUGAAACAAAGCAAAAAGACAUGGAGUCUGCUGAAGAAAACGAACAAGAUACUGAGGCACUUGUUGUCAUGACCACUGAUGACAAUGAAGAGACAGAUAAGGUAGCAGUUGUUUUGGAUGAUGAUGAACCCAAACAGGAGGAAGAAAAACAAACUAUUGAUGAAACAAAGCAAAAAGACAUGGAGUCUGCUGAAGAGGCUAUAACAGAGGAAAAAUCUGAUGAAACUGAGCCACUUGUUAUAACAGAGGAAAAUGAUGUGAAAGAAACUGAAACUGAGGAACCUGUUAAGGAAGAAUCACAACCUGUCAAAGAAGAAGAACCAGUUAAAGAAGAAGAACCAAUUAAAGAAGAAGAACCAGUCAAAGAAGAAGAACCAGUGAAGGAAGAAGAACCAGAGUCAGUCCAAGAGGAAGCCAAAACAGAAGAGAAGGAAGAAGAAAUAGACUUCUGGGCACAACUUGGUAAAGAUGAUGAUGAUUUUAGUAAGAAGAAGCCUGCCCCAGUGGUAGAACCAAAGGAGCCAAGUCCAGUACCAGAGACAAAGGAAGAAGCUCCAACAGUUGUAGAAGAUGAGGAUGAUGACUCACUGGAGGCCAGGAGGAGGAGAAGGCGGAGGGAGAGAGAGGCCAAAGAGACUGCUGAUGCAGAACCAUCAGAGGACAGUGUGGAGGAACGCCGCCGUAGACGCCGCGAGGAGAGGAUGGCCAGGGAGGAAGUCGAUUCCACUGAGGUGGAGAGUGCUGCCGAGAGGAGAAGGAGACGUAGGCGUGAGAUGGCUGAUGAUUAGGUAACCACUGCAUGAGGGGUGUGUCCAGGAUUGUGUCAACUAAUCAAGCAUCUGAAACAAAUAACAUAUAGCUAGAUUGUCUACAUACACAAUCUGACAACAUUUAACAUUUGGUGAAGAAAAGGCAUGACAUCCUCUUCUUUGUUGUAAGGGGAUGUUUCACAGAUUUAACAUAGAACUAAGUGAUUUGGAUCCAUAAGCAUGCCAGACUAAUGACCUGAUAAUACAUGCAUAAGUAUAUGCAUAACCAGGCACGAUUCGUGAUGUAUAUAGAUUGAUAAAUGUGUGCAUAUAAUCUAUUAUGUCAAGCAUGCUUUGAGUGAAGAUGGUAUGUACACUACAUGAAUCUAUGGCAGAGUGUGCUGAACACUGGCUGUGGUAGAAUGGAAUGUCCACCCAGAAGACCAAAGGUAGUAGUGCAUGGUUGGCUGUGUUUUAGAUGUGUACUGCAUUGUGGGGUGCUCCGAGAAGCUAUGCACUCCAGAUCCAAGAACUUAGUACUCUGCACCGGUAGUUUUACACAUGUACUAACAAAUCUCACACAGUGUGGAAUGGUUACGAGAGGAACUGAUAA